AUGUCGACGCCUUCAAUUGGGAAUGAGCCGGAAGGUACUCGUCGUCCUCAUGUGCUUGUGGUCGACGAUACACGUGGGGAUCGUCUCGUCCUUACUUAUCUCUUACAGCGCUCCCAUGUACGAGUGACUGCAGUAGAAGGUGUGAAGGAAGCUUUGGAGUUUUUGGACUCGCAAAAUGACGUUAAUAUGAUUGUCAGUGACUAUUGUAUGCCAGAGAUGAAUGGCUAUGACUUGCUUAUGGAAGUGAAGAACUCACCCCCAUUGGCCCACAUUCCUGUUGUGAUUGCAUCAUCUGACAACAUCCCUGAAAGGAUUCAGAAGUGCUUGGAUGGAGGAGCAAAAGAAUACAUUGUGAAACCUGUGCAGAUCCCUGAUGUGCUUCGCAUUCUGCGCUAUAUCUGA